GCACGUGACGAAGAGGUUGCAGUUCAUAAUAUUCAUAUUUACAGAGUGUGCUGUGGCGGUAACAAGGACAGUGUUUGUGAGCUGAGGACGUUUGUGUACCGUGUAUGGAACAACAUCAUUUUUAGGAGACAAUGGACAGACAGUCGAGACCAUACGGACCAAGUCCUUCCUACAUUUUGAUCCCACUUUUACUGCUCCUUGUGAUCGUCGCGGGUCCCAUCGACUGCAAACCACCCAACAUCCUCUUCAUCUUGGCCGAUGAUUACGGUUUCCAUGACAUCGGUUACCAUAGCUCCGAGAUCGAGACACCCAACCUGAACCGGUUGGCCGCCGGGGGCGUCAGACUAGAGAACUACUACGUUCAGCCCAUCUGCACGCCGACUCGUAGCCAGCUGAUGAGCGGCAAAUAUCAGAUUCACACUGGCCUGCAACAUGAAGUCAUCUACCCUGAAAUGCCCAGCUGCCUUCCCCUCGAUGACGUCACUCUGGCCCAGAAACUCAAGGAGUCAGGGUACGCGACCCACAUUGUGGGCAAAUGGCACCUGGGGCUGUACAAGAAGGCGUGCUGGCCCACCCGCCGCGGGUUCGACACAUACUUCGGAUAUUUGCUCGGUAGUGAGGACUACUACACGCACAAACGAAUGGGAGGACUCGAUUUAAGAGACCAAGAAGAACCCGCUUGGAACUACAACGGCGUGUAUUCAACUCACCUAUUUACCCAACGGGCGCAGGAUAUACUACGCGGUCAGAAUUCCAGUCAGCCUUUGUUCCUGUAUCUUCCGUUUCAAGCUGUCCACGAUCCGCUGGAAGUGCCGGAGCGGUACUUGCAACCGUAUUUGCACAUUAAAGACGAAAAGAGGCGGAUCUAUGCCGGGAUGGUAGCGUGUAUGGAUGAAGGGAUCGGCAACAUCACACAGACGAUGGACCAGCUGGGACUGUGGAAAGAUACGGUGCUCAUCUUCUCAACGGAUAAUGGGGGACAAAUUUAUCAAGGCGGCAACAACUGGCCCCUGCGUGGGUGGAAAGGGAGUUUGUGGGAAGGCGGUAUGCACGGCAUAGGGUUCGUGCAUAGUCCCCUCCUACCAGCCAAGGUACAAGGUACCAUCAACAGGGAACUCAUACAUGUCAGCGAUUGGUUUCCCACGCUGGUUGCGGGCCUGGCUGGAGGGAGUUUGAACGGCACCAAACUGGACGGAUAUAACAUGUGGAAUACCAUAAGCCGUGGUGAUCCGUCGCCUCGUGAGGAACUCCUGCACAAUAUCGAUCCGCUGUAUGCCCCGCCCACCACACACUCGAUGCCUGUGAUUCGUGCGAAGGUGUUUAAUGAGACAAUUCGGGCGGCGAUACGAUCGGGCGACUGGAAGCUGAUCACGGGAUCGCCAGGUAACAGCAGCUGGAUUCCCCCUCCUGGCUCUGGGAUAACUCCACCCACCCCACACGACCCACCUGAUAAGAUGGUUUGGUUGUUUAACAUCACGGCAGAUCCCAACGAAUACUACGACAUGUCUUCCCAACGUCCAGACGUCGUGCAGCGGUUGAUGCAGAGGCUGCAGUACUACUACGAGGGUUCGAUGCCAGCGUUUUUCCCGCCUUUGGACCCCAGGGCUAAUCCCAAGUAUCACAAUGGCACCUGGAGUGAUUGGGAGAAAUGAAUUAGUUUCCCAAACAUCUGUUGACUCGAUCCGUGCGUGUUACAGAUGUAGACCCACUGUCCGUCUUAUUUUGGAGUUUAACCCGAAUAAUAUUUUUUUAACAAUAAUUUGGUAUUUUUCAAGUAGUCAACAACUAGUUUCUUUUGAAUAAUAUUGUUUUUUUUCCUAGUAAUAAAAAUUGUUACUCACACAGCUUUGAAUGAGACAUCGAAUAAACAAAGAGUGGCCUGUUUGUGCUUAGCUAUUGAAUAAUUGAUUUACAAAUUUCGAGUUAUUUGCGGCGCGACAAUAAAACAGUUCUCGCACGUUAAGCUGAUUUAUCUGGGAACCAGUCUUCUCGAAGGGCGAAUUGGGG